AUGCCGGAUGAGAACAGCACUUGUGAGAAAUGGCUGGGAGCAGCAGCCACCCUAGAAGAGAACUUUCUUCCUAUCAUCUAUUCCAUUGAGUUUGUCAUUGGCAUCCUUGGAAACACAGCUGUUGUCCUGGGCUAUCUCUUUUGUCUGAAAAACUGGAAAAGUGGCAACAUUUACUUGUUUAAUCUCUCCCUUUCUGACCUCGCCUUCCUGUGUACACUCCCCAUGUUGGUGCGAUGGUAUGCCAUUGGGAAAUGGACACAUGGGCGUAUCCUGUGCAAGACUAACAGGUACCUACUCCAUGCCAACUUGUACACGAGCAUCCUUUUCCUCACAUUUAUCAGUAUUGACCGGUACCUGCUGAUGAAAUAUCCCUUCCGAGAACAUUUCCUGCAAAAGAAGGAAGUUUCUAUCUUGAUCUCCGUAGCCAUCUGGAUUUGGGUGACCCUUGAGCUUCUACCAAUCCUCCUUUUCAUUGAACCAACCACAGCAAACAAUGACACCACCUGUAAUGACUAUGCAAGUUCUGGAGAUCCCCAAAACAACCUUAUCUAUAGCGUGUGUCUGACAGUGCUAGGGUUCCUCUUUCCACUCUUUGUCAUGUGUUUCUUUUACCUGAAAAUUGCCCUUUUCCUAAAGGAGAGAAGCAGACAGCUCACUACUUCACUCCCCCUUGAAAAACCUCUCAACUUGGUCAUCAUGGCAGUCGUGAUAUUCUCAGUUCUCUUUACCCCCUACCACAUCAUGCGAAAUGUGAGGAUAGCUUCCCUCCUUGAGGCUGGGAAUCAGUCCAAAUGCACACAGGCCAUCAUCAACUCAUUCUACAUUCUGACCCGACCCUUGGCCUUUCUGAACAGUGUGAUCAAUCCUCUUUUCUAUUUCCUGAUGGGAGAUCACUUCAGGGAUAUGAUAGUCAGUCAAGUGAGGAUCUUCUUCAAUUCCAUUAGAAAGUGACCCACUAGCCUGCUG